GAGAGAGCCUAAAAAACUAUAACCUGAUGAAUUUUUAAAACCUUCUAUUUGACAACACAAAGCACUUAUAGUUAGGCAAAUUUCUCCUCAUUUUCAAAAUUUCGAAUAUGCUUUUGCCUUAUUUAAAGGCCAUUCAGUUUUGCCAUUCAAAUGAUAUUUUACAGAACUCUGAAGUGAAUUCAAGAACUUCCAGGAGACCGUGGUUAACCUUAAAAAAACAACUAUCAACAUUCAAGCAGAAACGUCAAAGGGGGAAGAAGAGGGCUAACUGCAAACAAUAAUUUCUGUUGCUGAUUGGAGGAGAAGUAAAGGGUGAUGAUUCGGCCUAUUUUUGAGUAGGUCACCAGCAACCACGUCAACAAUAUGCCUUAACUAAAAAUCAUAGAAGCAUAGAAGAGAUGCUUGGAAUGUGCAAAUAAGUCUGUACCUAGCUGUGGAAAUGGUAAUCAGAAAAGUUGCAGUGUUUGAAGAAAUUUUAGUCCAGCCAAGUAAUUGAAUCCUUGAAGUUAAGGCUUUAGCAUGACUCUUUUAAAUAUGAACUCACUGGUUCAAAAUAUGACUGACGUGCAAUCACAAAUGAGAGGACCUUCAAAUAAUAACAGACAGUCCCGCAAACCUCGAAUCAUUCUUGCUGCAAGUGGAAGUGUGGCAGCAAUAAAGUUCGGAAUUCUCGCACAUUGUCUUUGUGAGUGGGCAGAAGUUAAAGCGGUGGCAACAAAAUCUGCCUUGUAUUUCAUCGACAGGCUGUCACUCCCAGCGGAGGUUAAACUAUACACAGAUGAUGAGGAAUGGUCUAGCUGGAAAAAAAUAGGAGACAAUGUGCUGCAUAUAGAGCUACGACAAUGGGCAGAUGCCAUGGUAGUUGCUCCUCUGUCAGCAAAUACACUUGCCAAGAUGGCAGGUGGCCUGUGUGAUAAUCUUCUGACUUGCAUAGUGCGAGCAUGGGACUUCAGCAAGCCCCUUUUUGUUGCUCCUUCUAUGAAUACCUUCAUGUGGAAUAGUGCUUUUACCCAGAUACAUUUGGGUGUACUAAAGGAUUUAAAGAUAACAAUUAUCCCUUGUUUAACUAAAAAGCUAGCAUGUGGCGACUAUGGAGAUGGUGCAAUGGCAGAGCCUUCUGUAAUUGACUCAACUUUGAGAUUUUCAACCAAUUUAACUCGUAAUAGUACCUUCUAAUGCCUUACAAAUUUUGGAUUUUCGUUUUGUUUAUGCUAACCAUCAUAUCAGCUGCCUACUGCACCAUGCUAGCAGAAAUUCCUCAGCAGGGUUUGAGAUAAGUUAUCGAGAAAUCAAGGGUAGGCUGGUAUUCCAAGAGUACAGUUAAUUUUUUUUUUGACCUUCAUUGGUUCUUGAUGAUUGCCUUGAAAGAUUUUAUUUAUUAAUCAUUUCAUAUC